UUUGCGAUUUCGGUUAAGAAGAGAAUGUAUAAUAAAUUCACAUCAUUGCCGUAAAAACUUACUAAAGCAAAACAACAUAACCAAAUGCUAAAAUUACCUAUAUCUAUGAAUUGCCAUAACCAUGAGCAAGUGAAAUCACAAUGCCUCGAUACACCACUAACUUACACAAAUUGCGUAUCCCUUCUUUGCAGCAGUUUCCAAGGUGUAUAUAUGGCAUUUUGAAACCUAGAUCUGCCAUGAAAGAAACAACUUUAGCUUUUCUUAGAUUAACGAUUCUGUGUUGCACAAACUGGUGUACGCCGCUAACAGUGUGACUGGUAAAUUCGUGCAGACUAGGAUUACAAAGAUCCUAAAGAUGUUGACAGGCAACAUCACACGAUGUGGUCUCUGAUUGUUGAGGCUCGACUUUGGUCCUGGCAUCAUGAUCCUUAAAAAAACCAAAAAGAUAGCCGCACCAGCCUGUUCAACUCUCCAAGAUGAAGGCAGAGACAGAGACGAGUUUGAGCGCGACCCUAUUCUGUUUUGCACGGGGGUGAACGCAGGCUUUAUGGUUACAUGGCUACAAAACAAGAUAUGGAUCUCUUUAAUAAGCACUCUCAAGGGAAUACAAAGCUGAAAUUUGAUAUGGUUUCUUACCAAGAAAAAGCUGUGAGUCAGCUAAGGCAGAUGAGUGAAGAUAAUCAACAGUUGCAUUGGUCGUUGCUCAAGAAACAUAAACAAGGUAAAAAACACUUAAAAAGGAUGAAAAGGCUAGCCGAUUCAUCUGCCAAUCCACCAAAUAUGCUACCGCCACCUGUUGCAAGUGAAAUUGUAGUUGGAGAGAUGAAGAAUAAGAAGCAAAGGCUAUUGCAAAACGGAGCAACUGCUGAAACAUUGCUAUCUUGUGAUGUUUGCAAUGUGAUAUGCAACAAUCAAGAAGGAUUUCAGCAGCAUAUCGCUAGCAAAAAGCAUGCUGCAAAGGUAACUUCAAUAAUAUUUUAUUUGGAUUACUGUCUCUAUAUUAUAUAUUUCUUUCUACUAAAAGUAUUUCAUUAUAACUAGUUUAAUACCCGUCCGGUGGACGGGUUACGUUGAUGUAUUACAUUGUUACAACAUGAAUGAACCUAUGAACACAAAGAAAUAAAAUAGUCAAAUUACACAAAUUUAUAUGAACAACGUAAAUUGUAAUGCAAAAUAAGGCCCUCUACUAUUUCAUCCACUGAUAAAAAAUUUUAAACUUUUCCCAUAAAUGAAAAGAACAUAAGCAGAUAUGUACACAUUCAAGUUCAUGAUCAAAUCUCCACAUCAUAAUAUUUGUAAUCUAACCAACAAAAGUAGAAAAACCUGGAAUAAGAAACUCAAAUGGGUCAUCAUGGUCAAACGGAAUGGAAGUCACACGAAAUGUUUUCACAUGCUGAAAACUUAUAAACGAUUUAUUUAAUUUUUGAUAAAUUUUAAAAAUAUAAUAAAAAUUAUUUUGACUGAUCGAACGAACACUACCCGGCCAUCCCGGACCCAUUAAAAAACCCGUUUUGACCCGAACCAUUUGACCCAUACUCAACCCGUCCAUUAAUAGGACUUUUCAAAUAGAGACCAACUCUGUUGCAAACUUAUCAAACAAAAAGUUUUUAGUCUCUAUCACGAGAGAACCCAGCCCGUACCGGAUCGAGCCACAAUCCUCUAUC